AUGGUUUUCAACGCCAAAGGCGCAAAUGCCACAGCUGGCUCCACCAUCUCUGCGGCUCCGGCAGCUCGCACAACGCCACAACAACAAAUGUCAACCCGCGGCGCAGUCAACAUCUCACGAGCACCAGGCGCGCAGAGUCCAGCGAACUCACCCUGGAGCUCAGGCCGCACCAACCUCCUGAAGCAAACCCUUGCCAAGUCCCGAGCACCCACCCAAAUCAAUGCCGCCGCCUCCACAGCCGCACUAGCCUCACAAAUAGGGCAAAUGAAUCUCGGCAGCCCACCAGCCCAGACCCCUUGGGACCCAUCCCAAGGACCCACGCAUUCAAACGUCGACCUCCAAUCCAUGGCCGCCUGGCGCGCCAAAGCCGCCCCUCAGAGUUUCGCCGGUAGCGCCGUGACCACGCGUUACGCAUGCUAUAACGUGCUUUGCCGCUCUUCGGGCUGGAACCGCUCAAAUUUCCGCAAGGGAGAUGUCAUCGCCAUACCGUUCCACACAGCCAACACGAACCCCCACGUCGAUCCCAAUGAUCCAGCCCUGGGGAAGACGAUCUGGGGACCCGUGUACAGCAAACGCCGGAUGGUGAUUGUACUGUGGAUUCACGAGAGGGAUAUGUUCUGUCUCCCGCUCUUCACACACAAUCACACUGGUCUGUCUGGCAAAGGGAAGCAUAUCCUCCACGAGUAUGUGUCCCUGAAGAAUAAAGGUGAUCGGGCGCAUGUGCAGCAGGGUUUGUAUCCGCCAGUGGAAGUCGAUGCGUAUAAGAGACCCAUGGAUAAGGGCACCGCGAUUCAGUUGACGGGUGGGUUGAGAGUGUCGUGUAACGACGAUGUUACGUUGGCUGGCCGGGUGACAAAGGUGAGUUAUAAUCGCUUGCUCGAAUUGUGGAGGGACGUUGUUGAUAAUGCGCGGACUGAGGCGUGGGUGGACUGA